AUGGCUGGAGGCGGGUGGGCUGGGGGGUCUCGGGCCGGGGUGCAGACCCUCUGGGCUCUCGAGCUCGUCUCUCUGCAGCCGCCGCGCCCCUGCGAGGCCUACCGCGCCGAGUGGAAGCUCUGCCGCAGCGCCAGGCACUUUCUGCACCAUUACUAUGUCCACGGGGAGAGGCCCAACUGCGAGCAAUGGAAGCAAGAUCUGCAGAGCUGCCAAGACUGGGAGAAACGACGGAGUGCAGAGGCCCAGCGGUCCCUCUGUGACAGCGAACGUUCAAGAAUCCAAGCUACACAGAAACACGGGAUGGUGUGGACCCUAAGGCAGAAGCCCCCUGCAGACUGGCACCUCCCUCUGCCAGAGGAGGACAAAGACAAUUGAUGAGUAUGUCGAAAGUUA